AUGGGCGUAGCCGUGGUGCGUCGUCAUCUUCCGCAGCAGGAAGUCGUUCUCCUCGGCCGAGUCGAUGGUCGCGAGGUAGCCGGGCGCGCCGCCGUAGCACCGGCCCCAGGCGUCCUGCUCGGCGCCGCGCCACGUCUCCUGGACCCAGUUGCCGCCGACGACCUGGUAGUGGUGGCCGUCGAACUCGAAGACGUCGUCGCCGUAGAGCGCGUACUCCAUGUACUGCGGGGGGCGCGGGCGUCGCGGCGCGCGCGCGCGGUCGCGGGGGUGGCGGCGCGCGCGGCGGUCGCGGACGGGGCGGGGGCCGCGCACCUCGCAGCGCGACAGCCAGUGGUUGACGGCGCCGCCGUCGACGCCGCGGCCGUCCUCGAACCUAAGCGCGAUGACGAACGAGAUGAACCAGAGCGCGUAGAGGAGCGCCAUGUGGUGGGUCAAAUUCUCGGCGAUGCAGCGCAGCGGCGACGCCGCGAAGCGCGUCUCGCCGCGGCGCUGGUGGGCGGAACCUGCUCCAUCACGCUGUUUCGCCCCCUCGGACUCCGCGGAUCCGCACAGCGGCGGCGCGCAACGACUCCGAGGCAGCCCCGUCGGACCAUGGCGGCGCACUUCGCGUCCCCGGCCCUCGGUCCCGACGCGCUCAAGUCGGCCCACUCGCGCCUCGACAAGCUCAAGAUCUGCGGCGAGUGCCAGGGCCUGGGCAUGGUCAAGCAGACGGAUGGCGGCAAGGGCGCCCUCCACAUCGUCCGCGACGUCAACUGCAGUAAGUGCCGCGGCGAGGGCAUGAUCUUCGUCGGCCCGCCGGCGGAGCGCGAGGCCUUCUACGCCGAGGCGAACCGGAAGCCGUCGACCGAGGGCCUCGCGGCCGCGGUCUCGCUCAAGGACGAGGGCGACGCGCUCGCCAAGUCGGGCGACUGGGCGAAAGCGGCGGCCAAGUACUCCGAGGCGCGGGGCCUGGACCGCUGCUACCUGCCGGCCCUCGCGAACCGCGCGCUCUGCCACCUCAAGCUCGCGGACUUUGGCAAGUGCGUCGCGGACUGCUCUUACGUCAUCGCGACCGCGGACAAGGGCUCCGCGCUGCGGCUCAAGGCGCACCUCCGCCGCGCGACGGCUUCCGUCGCGCGCGGCGAGCGGGCCGAUAUGGGCGUGGCUUUGGAUGAUCUCGCGACGCUGCUCCGCGCGCAGCCGGGCCACCCGGCGGCGAAGAAGUUGCUGGAGGAGGCCCAAACCAAGGAGGCGGCCUUCCUCGCGGCGGAGAAGGAGGCGCUCCUCGUCCGCCGUGCGAUGAGCUCCCACUGCCGCAGAAAGCGCAGCCAACCCAUGCGCUCGCCGUUCCACCUGCUCGUCGUCAUGUCUACGCUCGCCCACAGCUUCGCGCCCGCACAACACCCGCCGCCGCGCCGCGCGGCGCCGCGCCGCGCCGUCGAGCCGACGCUCGGCGUCGACUUUGGCCUGCGGCGCACGGGCGUCUGCGUCGGCCGGGGCUACGCGUCGCGGCCGCUCGAGGUCGUGGAGAACUGCGGGAACCUGACGGCGCACGCGGCGGCGAUCGUCGCGCUGGCCCUGCGCGAGGGCGCGACGGCGUUCGUCGUCGGCCUGCCGCUCGACCGCGACGGCUCCGAAACGGAGCAGAGCGGGGCAGGACAAGAGUGA